UUGCAGUUGCUGUUUUGAUUAAAGUUUAAAAUAAAGUGCUCAAAAACUGUUGAAAAGGCAUUUAUUUGCUUUUAAUUUCUUUUAUGUCUGUUGUGUUUUUCUGUUUUUCUGUUUUUCGUACUAUUAUAUUUUACCGCGUUACCCGAAUGAUUUGGAAGUUUUAUUGAUACUUUGUACGUUGACAGUUUUAAAUAAAGUUUUUCUAACAGAGCUCGGUCGCCGUUUGAACAUGGCGGCCGUUAAGGUGUUGACAGUUGUACUUCUGAACUUCUCCUUCACUUUUGUCUCGUCUUUGUACUUUCACAUGGGGGACACCGAGAGGAAAUGCUUCAUAGAGGAGAUGACGGAAAAGACGGUGCUCAUGGGUACCUAUCGGACCCAGCUGUUUGACCGGCAGAGAGACGAGUACCUGCUGGCCUCUCAGGACGUCGCUUUAUCAGUCGAGGUCAAAGAUCCUAAUGACAAGCUGGUUCUGUCUCGGUCUCACGGCUCGGAGGGAAGCUUCAGAUUCACAUCGCUUGAACCGGGAGAAUACCAGAUCUGUCUGCAAGCAAACUGUUCACAGCGCUGCCUGCCUGCUGCAGUCCUGCUGGCGGUUCACUUGGACAUCAGAGCGGGCGAGCGAACAAACAACUACGCUGAGAUCGCUGCUAAUCUGACGAAGCUGCAGCUGAGAGUCCGACAGCUGACGGAGCAGGUCAAACAGAUCCAGAGCGGACUCUACUACCACAAGUUGAGAGAAAAAGAGUUCCUUGAUGUGACACAGAGCAUCAACAUGUGGAUCUUCUGGUGGCCGGUCGCUCGCUCGCUCUACGUGGUUUUCAUCAUCUGCUGGCACACCAAGUCCUGGUGACGUUCUCCUUCAGUACACUUUAGACCUACAAGGGAAACAGGAAAGAGAGGGACUUACCAAACUUGUGAAUAUUUCCAAAAUCAAAUACUUUUUUAUAGGACUGACCUCCAAUAUUCGACUAUUCGAUUCGGAGAGGUCUGAUUCGACUAUGAACCUCGUAGUCGAAUCUUCGUAAAAUGUUGUUAUACAACAAAGACCAUACCAUUCUGACUAUAUGGGGUGCCCGCGGCUGCCGAGCAUUAAUUGUUACAUAGAAUGUCUGUUUUUGUUAUAUAAAAGCCUAUUUCAAUGCAAAAUGUGUCUAUUUUAUGUUAAUAAAGAGUUCCAAUGAUUUGUUCGUUUAAA